CUUCCUGUUUGAAUCCGAGCCACUUGAUGUAGGAGUGGCUCUGGUAAUUAUAGGGUCUACUAACUUGUUGUUCUUUCGAACCAUCAAACAUAAUGAGAACCACGACAUUGCGCGCGCGGCAGUUUCCGUCGGCGUUGCCCGCCCGUGCCUAUACUCUUCGCAGCCUUGCAACUACAGCAGGGGUAGCGCAGUCGACCACUCGUCCCGGCGCUUCCUCGCAGGGCUCCUCUGCAGAGCGAUGGUGGAACGUGGAGCCAGUGACCGCGAAUUUCGAGGCAACAAAGAGCGAAGACGAAACACGACAAGGAACUCUGGAUGCGUCUUUUACUUCAACAUCCUCCCCCUCAAUAUCUUCGUUUGUUGUACCCCGCGGCGCAAAGGAGGUGGAGUUGGAAAACAAGAACCCUGCGCGGACUCAUCUGUUCCCCCCCGGUUUCGCAACUUCCACCUCGUCUUGUUCUUCCCGAAGGCCCCGCCUACCGACGAAGGCCGCGUUUGCGAAAAUUGGAAACAGCUUGGUAAAUUUUCGCCAGAAGUCUAUCGCGACGCCCUAUCACGAAGAGGAGAAGAAUGAGUUUCUGGUGAAGCUAGCAAAGAUCCUCGAGAGCGUCGUGGGGGACAAUGCCAAGGUCGCCCCCUUCGGCUCCGUCGUCAACGGCUUUUGGUCCCCCUCAAGCGACAUUGACAUCUGCAUCCGCGUGCCCGCUGGGGCGACCACCCGGUCGAGUCAGAUAAAGAUCUUGAAGCGAGUAGGGAACGAACUGGCGCGAGUCUCCUCCCACUUCAUCGAACCGAGAUUUGGUGCGAAAGUCCCGAUUGUCCACUGGGCUCCGCGGGCGAAGGGCAUGUUGGCUUGCGACAUCUCUGUGAACAACGUCUUGGCCGUGGUGAACAGCAAAUUAGUGUACCAAUACGUGCUGGCAGAGCCGAAACUGCACACGUUAGGUAUGUGGUUGAAAGCGUGGGCGAGCGCGCGCGGGAUAAAUGAUAGAAGCAGAGGGACUCUAUCCUCCUUCUCCAUUGUCCUGAUGCUGAUCAACUACCUGCAGACAAAAUGCUACCUUCUUCCCUCGAUCCAGGACCUGGCCAUUGCGCGGUCCUACGCACCGGUGUAUUUGCAGGGGGUUGAUUGCCGGUUUUGUGAUAAUGUAGAGCAGAUAAAAGAGGAAGUUUCAUUUCUCCAGGAAAAGAACAAACCGUUUCUGGAAAACCGGCACAAGGAAUUCUACAAAUUGGUUUUGGCAAGAGGCAAAGGUCAUUGCGCCGUCGAUAGCGCCGGCGCCGGGACUUCUACAUCAGUCGCAGCAGGUGCAGAAAAUCUCACAGUCGAUAGUGUUGCAGAAGAACGCGAACAAGAACUUGCCAGUCUUGGCUACCUACUCUGGGACUUUUUCAACUACUUCGCAUUUGAAUACACGGGGGGCGUGAUCGCGGUGCGAGAUAUUAGCUCCUACAACGUUGGACUUGGAGCAGACAGUAAAAACGGUGUCGGUGCAGCUUUAGCUGCAACAAAUCACCUGCAGUCUGCAAAUUCCUCCCGCUAUCUCCAUGUGGACAACCCCUUCGAGAUAGGCAAAGACGUCGCCAACGUCGAGGUUGCGCUCAUGCGGCAGAUUCAGCGCGAACUGAAACGGGCGGCCAGGAUGCUAGAUGGAUUUGUGACGUCUUCGAGUGCGCGGGACGAUGCCGGGGAACAUGGCAAAAAUCAUGAUCAGGGUGGCGCCCAGAGUGAAAGUAGUAGUGCUGCUGUUGAGCUGCACUCCUAUCAGGAACCACGAGGUGCACCAUUCAUCAACCCAUUCGACGGAACAGUGGAUCCUUUGCACACGUUGUUGCACCCGUGGCAAGACGAAGUUUCGAGUAGAAAUGAACCUUUUUGAAGAUCAUGAUAUGGUUGCAGCUUGAGGACGACCUUCCAGGUGCACAUCAGCGACAGCUGUAGUACAUAGACAACAUCUAACGAAAGCUAAGGAAUAAAAAGAAAAAGUG